AUGGCUUCACAUCCCCACGGAGAAGCCCUCGAUGACAUCGAGCACAACCCCCAUGCCUCGGCCAACAGAUGGCGUCACCAGGAGAGCUCGGCUUUCCUCCGCCAUGCCGCCGGUGCUCACAGCCACGCACAACCCCGCGACCCCCAAGAACGAGGAACCACCAACGACCUGGCCGACUUUCUGAACCGCGACCGCGUCGAGCCCGAGAACCCCAAUGCUCCGCCCAACUUCAAGCCCAUCAUGGUCGCUGCUGGUGAGGCCGCUGGCCAGGAGGAGCCUCGCGCGGCGGCGACCCACGCCCACGAGCAAGACCCCCCCGAUGGCCGGGAGAUCAUCUGCGGACCGCUGCUCAAUUACCGCAGGAUGGACGAGAACAAGUGGUACGGAAGUGUCUUGAUUGUCACGAAGGGCGGUGGUAAGACUCAGAGCUUCGCACCGCACUUGGUUCUGCACCCUGCGAACGCAGUGAAUGGCCAGUACGCCUCUACGGAGACGAACGGUGUCAACGGCUCCAACGGUGCUUUCAAUGGCGAGGUUUCCGGCGCAGCCAAUGGCGCGGGCACCAGUGGCUCAGAGACCCAAGGUCAAUGUCUCUACUCUGACCCUCGCAACACUUUCUGGGCCUUUGACCUGUCACUGCCCCUCAGCCAAACGGAGGCCAAGUGGGAGUAUUCGAUCCCCGAUAUGCGAUUCUCGGCUGGCAACAUCCGGCCUGAUCGCUACCACUUCUUCGUCCCGGCCAUCACCGAGUCGAUGCGCAUCAUGUUCCAUUCUUGCAACGGAUUCAGCGUGGGCACUGAUGAAGACGCCUGGAGCGGCCCCGCCUUGUGGAACGACGUGAACCGACACCACAAAGAGCGACCAUUCCACGUCAUGCUCGGAGGAGGUGACCAGAUCUACAACGAUGGAAUUCGAGUCGACGGACCUCUGCGCGAAUGGACCGAGAUCUCGAACCCCAAGAAGCGCAGACACUUCCCCUUUCCCGAGAAGCUUCGCCAGGCUUGUGACGAUUACUACCUGAAGAACUACAUCCGUUGGUACUCUACAGAGCCAUUUGCGACUGCCAAUGCCCAGAUUGCGCAGCUCAACAUCUGGGAUGAUCAUGAUAUUAUUGACGGAUUCGGUUCCUAUGUUGACGAUUUCAUGCGAUGCGAUGUGUUCAGGGGUAUUGGUGGAACUGCCCACAAGUACUACAUGCUGUUCCAGCAUCACCUCCCUCCGCCACCGUCCACUUACACCUCGGACCACACCACAACGGCCGAGAACCAAGGACUUGACCCCAACCAACUCAUGGAUACCUUUGUUGCGCCGGCUAAGUCGGAUCCCAGCUACAUUGUUGGCAAGCAACCUGGUCCCUAUGUCGCUGAACACUCACAUAACAUGUUCGCCCGGCUUGGCGCACGUAUUGCCUUCCUGGGUAUUGAUGCUCGAACUGAGCGCACACGCCAUCAAAUCAAUUACCCAGAGACAUAUGACUUGAUCUUCAGUCGCCUCAGACAAGAGCUCAAGGGCGCUCAGGAGUCUGGACGCCCAUUCAAGCACUUGAUCCUUCUGCUGGGAAUCCCAAUUGCGUAUCCACGCCUGACAUGGCUUGAGAACGUCUUCCGCAGCCCCAUCAUGGGUCCUGUGAAGUUCCUCAACCGAAGAUUCGGUCUCGCUGGUGGUGUUUUCAACCACUUUGACGGCAGCGUCGAUUUGCUCGACGACCUUGACGACCAUUACACGGCCAGAACUCACAAGAAGGAGCGCAACGCUCUCGUUGAGAGGCUUCAGGCCAUCUCGUCAGAGUUCUCCGUCCGUAUCACCAUCUUGGGCGGCGAUGUGCACUUGGCGGCUAUGGGCCGAUUCUACUCGCAUCCUAAGCUGAACAUUGCUUCGGAGAACGACCACCGCUACAUGGCUAACGUGGUGUCUUCUGCCAUUACCAACAAGCCACCGCCAGCAGCGAUUGCCAACUUGCUGGCCAGGAGAAACAAGAUCCAUCACCUGAACCACGAUACGGACGAGACGCUGCUCAAGUUCUUUGACAAGGACCCCGGCGAUUCGAGCAAGACGUCUAACUCCAACCAUGUGACUAUGCCGAGCCGUAACUUUGCCAUUCUCACCGAGAACUCGCCCAACAAUGGACUGGCUGCGCCGACGAACGGUGAUACGCGGUCAGUGAUUUCCGGCAAGGGUGGACACGACUUUCUCCAUGUCGGUGAGGUGGAGUCAGGAUCCAAGCACAAGGCAGCCGGAAAGCAGCACGGCACCGGCAACGAUGGUAGCUUGGACAUUUGCAUCCGUGUCGAGAUCGACCAGCACAACCGUGAGGGUCUCACGGAGGGUUACGGUGUCACUGUUCCCCAGCUCAAGUACACCAGCCAGCCGGUGCCGGUUGAGCCCUUCCCUGCACAGGAGCGCGAGAAUGGACAGGGCGAGUAA